AUGGAUUCGAGACCGAUUCGAAUUGCUGGCGCGUCUGGAUCUGCCUCUGACCGCCGACAUGCCAUGGCAGCAUUUGCAAAGGCUCACCCAUCAGAUCCUAUCGACGUGAUAAUAGCAGAUUUUAUGAGCGAGGUCAAUAUGACCAUCGCGGCCGCUCGUCGUGUAGAUGCCGAUUCGUUGACUGCCCCGAAUGGCAAUGCUUUUAUCGGCGGAGGCCCCGCGUUUGAGGCCUCGUUCCUCGAGGCCUUGGAACCGGCUCUCGAUGAUCUCGCAAAAUACGGGAUCCGGGUCGCUGUGAAUGCCGGGAAUGCAGAUACAGAAGGUCUCUACAAGACCGUUGUAGACAUGAUUGCAAAGAGGUGCCUACAGAUCAAGGUUGCUUGGGUUUCUGGCGAUGAAGUCCUUCCCGCGAUCAAUGCAGGCUUGAAAGAUGGAUCCUCUCGCUUCAAGAAUAUCUACACGGGUCACCUUCUUUCCUCAUGGGAAUUCGAGCCGAUUUAUGCUCACGCUUAUCUUGGAGGUCUGGGGAUCGCCGAGGCAUUUUCACAAGGUGCACAAAUUGUUAUAUGCGGUCGAGUCGCCGAUGCUUCCCCCAUCAUUGGCGCCGCCUACUGGUAUCACAACUGGCAGAGAUCUCAGCUCAACGCGUUAGCCAAUGCUUUCGUGGCUGGCCAUCUCAUUGAAUGCAGCAAUUAUGUAACAGGUGGCAAUUUUUCCGGCUUUAAGAGCCUGAAAAACUCCCCGACCGGGUGGACUGAUAUUGGUUAUCCGAUUGCUGAGAUCGCUAAGGACGGGUCUGUGGUCAUCACGAAGCAGAAGGACUCUGGUGGUACUGUAACGACACACACGUGCUCGUCCCAGUUACUUUACGAAAUACAGGGUCCGUGGUACUACAAUAGCGACGUGACUGCGGUUCUGGAUCAGAUAUGGUUUGAGCAAUUGGGACGAGACAGGGUCGCGCUACAUGGGGUAAAAGCCUUGCCUCCACCUCCAACUACAAAAGUUGGCCUCACUGCUCGAGGAGGCUUCCAGGCUGAAAUUUGGUAUUUCAUGACAGGACUUGACGUCUCAGAAAAGGCUCGCAUGAUAGAGGCACAGCUCCGGAUCGGCUUGAAGCCAUAUUCGGAUCAAUUCUCAGCACUGUCUUUCAGCGUGUUAGGCUCACCAGCACCAAAUGCAGACAAUCAGAACGCCGCCACCGUAAUAUUUCGCAUCUUUGUGCAAGCCAGGACUUCGGAUGAUAUCGCGCCCGCUAGGUUUCUACGUCCAGUCAUUGACAAUAUAAUGCAGAGCUAUCCCGGUGCAACUUUCCAUUUGGAUUUUCGACAAGGAAUCCCAAAACCUUUCUAUGAGUACUAUGUCACUCUCCUCGAUCAAUCCAAAGUCCAACAUGUGGUACAUUUCAACGGUAGGGACACGAUAAUCCCACCUCCGUCUCUGACCAAAGUCUUCCCCGAACGCCAGCACAGCCAACCCACUGCCGGUAUCCAAGUUGAUCUGUCCAAAUUUGGACCUACGGAAUAUGCUCCCCUGGGCACAGUUGUGAAUGCAAGAUCUGGUGACAAAGGAGCCGACUGUAACUGUGGUUUCUGGGUCCGUCGUGAAGACGAAUAUGUCUGGCUCAAGAAUUUGCUAUCCAUCGAGACGAUCAAGCUUCUUCUGGGCAAAGAGUAUGAUACGUCACGGGUGCCCGCGAUUGAGAUUGAGAGAUUCGAGCUCCCAAACCUGAGGGCAGUACACUUUUUAUUCAGGAAUCUACUUGACCGUGGCGCAACAAGCACGUCCACCAUUGAUUUCUUGGGAAAGAACUGUGCUGAAUUUUUGAGGUCCAGAUAUGUCGACGUCCCGACCAGGUUCAUUGAGAGAGGGAAACUUUAG